AUGGACGAAAAACACACCAACUCGGUUCACAUGGAGGAGGAAAGACCCCAUGAACACGCUAUGGCGGUUUCCAAGGCAGUUGCAAAUUAUGAGGAAGCACAGCAUGCACAAACCAAAGUUGCGGCUGUCAAGGAGAACUGGAAAGGGAUGUUAUGGUGUGCCUACAUGUUCUUCAUCUGUGUAAUGUUCGGCUAUGAUUCACUCGCCGGCAACAUCGUGAUCUCCAUCACACAAUUUCGAGAGGACUUUGGUUAUCCGUAUGACGGCGGUUAUGUCGUGAGUGCCGACUGGCAGCUCGCCUUCCAGGCUGCCACUUUAGGUGGUCUUGUUAUUGGAGGUUGGGUCACUGGGCUUGUUGUGAACCGCUGGGGACGUCAAGUCUGCGUCCUCGGAGGUUACAUGCUCACGAUUGGCGGUGUUUUUCUUCAAUACUUCUCCAGGAACACUGCCGAUUACUUUGGCGCCAAAUUACUUACGGGUAUCCCUCUGGGAUGCUUUGUUACUAUCGCACCAACCUAUGCUAGCGAGAUCAGUCCCUUGGUUAUCAGAGGUUCAAUCACAGCCGGAACCAAUUUUGCGAUUGUCCUUGGCCAGCUUCUCGGUUACGGUGUGACACGUCAAGCGAGUUUCCUCGAAGGCGCUAUGCAAUAUAAAGUCAUCUUCGCAGUACAAUGGGGAUUCGCUGGUGUCGGUCUAGCCAUUCUGCCAUUCUUUCCCGAAUCACCGUAUUGGUUAGUUGCCCACGGUAGAAUAGAGAAAGCAAGACACAAUAUCGUCCGUCUUCACAACGCAGAUUAUGAUGUCGACGGCCACCUCGCAGAAAUUUCAGAAGCUCUUGCCAAAGAUCGAUCCGAGAACGAGGAACAAGCUUCUUUCGCGGAUUGCUUCAAGAGAGACCAUUGGCAACGAACUCUAGCCUGUGUCAGCAUCAUAUUCAUCCAGAAUGCUUGUGGAAACUCGUGGGUCAUUGGAUAUAUGAGUUACUUCAUGCAGCUUGGGGGUCUAAGUACCGCGAAGGCUUUCGAUGCAAGUGUGGGUAUGUCCGGUGUAAUGGUCGUCGGCAAUCUCUGUGGUACCUGGCUGGUUGAGCAGUUUGGUCGAAGAGGGACAGCUCUUUAUGGAACGGCAACUCUUUGCGUCACACUUUUCCUCAUUGGUAUCUUGGCCUGUAUCAACAGCUCUGGCGCUAUCUGGGGUCAAGUUGCCUUCAUGGGCGUUUGGUCGUUUGUGUACCAAGCAUCAAUCGGCUCAGUUGCAUGGCCAAUCAUCUCAGAAAACCCAAGCUCUCGUCUCCGCGUGCAGUGUCAAGCUCUUGCCACAAUCAUGAACGGAUUGAGCGCUUGUAUUUGGGGCUUCGCUCUCCCUUAUGCAAUCAAUCCGGACCAAGGCAAUCUAGGAGGGAAGAUUGCGUUUGUGUUUGGUGCUGUCCUUGUUUUUGCCGUUGUAUACAUAUUCUUCCAGGUUCCCGAGACUAAGGGACGAACAUAUGUUGAGAUUGAUGAGUUGUACAACAAUGGCGUGUCGCCUAGGAAGUUUAAAGAAACUAAUUUGGUGUCAAUUGUACAGUAG